AUGGCGGUGCAGGACAAAUACUUUGUCCAAUGGCCUAAACCCAUGAGAGCUGAAGCCAGCCGAAGGGAACCGAAUAAAUACUACCAAUACCACCGGACACACGGCCACGAUACCAACAGCUGCUACCAGCUAAUUAAUGAAAUAGAAAGAUUGAUCAAGAGGGGGCACCUCCGGAACUUCAUGAAAAAACUAAAAGGAGAGAGGCCCCAGCAGAACGCAGUGGCAGAGAGACCCCACAGACAGGGAACAGGGACUGUGAAUGACCGCUCUAGUGGAACCAUUAACAUGAUCAUGGCAGGAAUCGGAGGUUGGAUUAGCAGGAGAGGGAAGAAAAGAAGCCGGAAUGGAGAGGGGAGCAGCAAUGAAGUCCUGCAUAUAGUGGAGCACUCCCCAGUGGCCAUCUCCUUUUCUCCUGAAGAUGCUCACGGGAUCCAAAUGCCCUAUGACGACGUCUUAGUCAUUGAGGUCGCCAUUCACAACUUCAAGGUCCGCAAGAUCCUAGUAGACGAUGGGAGUAAAGUGAACCUGUUGUCCUAUAGAGUCUUUUAG